CAAGGAGUCAAUUCCCACGUCUCACUUCGCAAGGAUGAGAAGACUCAGUCCGGCUCUUGGCAGCAUCUCCUCCGAGCAGCUGCGGUGGGGGACGCCCGCUCCGCCCUCGGCGCCGCCGGGAACGCACGCCGGGGUUCGCGCAGUGCCGCCUCGCAGAGGUGCUCCGGCGAUGGGGAAAGGCUCAGCCGAGGAGGCCUACUUCCAGAGGGGCAGCCUGAUCUGGUUCACGGUCAUCGCGCUCUCUCUGGGCUACUACACGUGGGUUGUCUUCUGGCCUCAGAGUAUUCCCUAUCAGAGCCUUGGUCCUCUGGGCCCCUUCACUCAGUACUUGGUGGACCAUCAUCAGACCCUCAUGCACAAUGGGUAUUGGCUUGCCUGGCUGAUUCAUGUGGGAGAGUCCUUGUAUGCCAUGGUAUUAUGCAAGUAUAAAGGCAUCACGAAUGGCUGGGCUCGGCUACUCUGGUUCAUUCAGACUUUCCUCUUUGGAAUAGCUUCUCUCUCCAUCUUGAUUGCGUACAGACCAAAGCACAAGAAGAAAACUUAAAGAAGACAUCUAAGAGCUUUCUUUCCAUUUUGACGUUCAACCUUACCUUUUUAAGGCAGGGUGUGUGUGAUGUGGGUAACACAUCAUGAUGUUUGCUUUAUCACUUUACUUUCUAGAAAGUUUGCUUCCUUCAAAGUUAUUUAAGACCUUUUAGUUAUUGAUUUAAGAGAAAGAUAUGGCUUUCUUAUGCCAUAAAACAUCAUUCCAAAUAAAUAAAAAAGUAUAGUGUCAGAAACCCACAGGGCCCAUUCUACUCUGUCCUUUACAAUCACCAUUGAGUUGGCAUCAACCCUGGCAGUAAGUUGAGUUAUUCAUUGUUCUCUCAUAUGUUGUGGUUGAGCUGAGUAGACCACUUGUUACUUAAGAGAAAAGCAGGGAAAGAAUGUGCUCUUCAAUUCCACAGACUAACUUCUUUGACUAUAAGCUAUCUUCUGGAGGUCCUUGCAUUUGGUGGUGCUCUCUAUACCAGUUAGGCUAAGAACCUAGCAAUUGCUUUGGAUGCUUUCCACUGUAUAUACUACUGGGCUCAAUGAACAAGUUCUUUUGUCACUUCAGGAUAGCUUUGCCAUUCCCACUCCAGCCACUCUUGUCCAAGGUCUUCGUUAACACUACACUAUGGCAGCAGCUUCCUUAUUUCCGGGUUUUCUGCACAUCAUUGGGAAACAAAACCAAUCUCUUUUAACUUAAAACAUGUUACUCCCUUUCUCUCAUGCAGUCAGGUGCUCCAUCUAGUCUCCAGAAUAAAGACCAGAUAUACCUAAACCUGAUUGUCAGGUGACGCUAUAUUAAUUUGCGUUCUUCCUCACUCCCCUUACUAUUUAAGCAAAGCUCUCCUCUGGCUAUUCUAUACUUCCUACUGUUCUCCCCAAUACUAGAUUUGCCUUUUGUCCAGUAUCACCUCCACCGUGUAACCUCUCCUUUCUCAAAACUUUUCCCCCAUUCUGUAUUAACCCAACCCAUCUGGAGCAAACCUACAACACAUCCAUUCUUCAGACAUUCAGCAGGCCCCUGUGAAGCAAGUUCUGACUCUCAAACACCAGAGAAAGAAGGAAGACAUGGGUUGUCUGGGCAGGGCAGACUGAGCAAUUACCUUCCCUUACCUACACAGAGGACAUGGUUAGAAAAGGAGAAGGCGGAGAAUGCCUUCUCAGAUCCUUCCCUCUGACUGGGGACCCCAAAGCCCCUGACUGUGUGUUCUCGGUGUUGAGGUCUUGUGAGUACUACCAAGUUGCUCUUUCAAGUCAGUGCCACAUCUUAGUUUGAUUUUCCCUUCAGCCUCGGACUCCCUGCCAUGCGUACAGACUCCCUAUCACUGUUUGUUGAACAAGGGAGGGAAUCUGUGAUUCUAUUUUCCUCUUUUAGUAUCAUUUCAGCUUUCACGUGAAAAUGGCAGAACAUAGUCAUGUACACUCAUGUCAAAGAAAACCUCUAAACUGUCCUUGAUUUUUGGGGGGGUCCUCUAGUGGGAAACCUGUGAAUUGUUUUCAUACUUUCUUAUUUUCCAGACUUUUUCCAGAUUAUGAGUCUCUCUCCCUUCCCCUGACUUACAAAACACAAAGACAUUCCUGUUGCAGAGACUCUAACCCAGGAGUUACCAGCUAACUAUCUCCUCUUCCAUUCAUCUAGAGACACCGCUUACUACUGGCUGACUGGUUGCAGGGAUCUGGGAAUGAUGUACAGACUUGUACCCUAGCACGAUGAUAGUCACCCCUAGGAGUCAUUAGGGCCCUGCUUCUCAUUCCCAUUCUGUUGUAGAGUGAGGUAUAUAAUUUGUAUUAAGCAAUAGUUUUAAGACCUCAGUCCCCCAAAAGACCCACGUAAAAAUACAACCCUGAAAAAGUAUGAGUGUCAUGAUUUAUUUCUAGUGGAGAUAAAUUUCUGCACUUUCUCUUUUCCUCAGUUUCUUUUGUGAUUAAGAUAUUGAUACAGUAAGGUUAUAUUUUUGACUAUUGGGGUAAAUAUGGGAAUCCAACCCAGACUUAUCCUUAUUAUCUUCUUCUAGGAGAAUAAUGACUAAAUAAUAUUAAAUAGUAAGUGAAAUAAUAUUAGUGGUAACUGAUUAUUGUAUGAGUGGAUUAACUUGAAUAAAAUGUUGUGGAUUAUAUCUCUAA